CAGCGAUUAGCAGUUAGUGCUGCCGCAGUUCGGUCCAGAACCUAGGUUCGAACCCGGACCUUUGCGGACUGGACCAGUGGUUCGGUCACAGGUCCGGUAUUUUUCCCGGACCGAACCCCCUGAUAGGUCCUGGGUUCGGUAUUUUCCUGGUGCAUGUGAACCGGUCCGGAUGCGUCCGGACCGGUUCGAACCCAGUUGCAACGAAGCAUCGAAGCUUCAUGUUCCUGUAAUUAUAUUUCUUUUCAUCCGUCCUCAUCAUCCAACCUGAGUUCUCCCACAUUCCUAUCUUGGCAUCUUCAGCCAUGCAACUCAUCAAGGCGCCAGACAUACUACCUACAAUUAUGAAUCACUACACCGCGGCUCUGCCAUGUUUUGGCCUCUCUGAGUUGGUGUUUCUGCCAUUCGUUGGCACUUUGGCAUUUCAUGGUGCGGAAUCCUUGUGUUUUGAUGUUUUAUGUUUUCUACCUGCUCUACCUGCUACAACUAUGUCGUCUGCAUGUCACCCUGAUGGCUCGCUGAAAGAUGCAAGUGAGAUGGAGUGGUACAACGACAUCGACGAUGACUCCCCAAUGCUUCCUCUUGCUCCCGCUCCUACCCCUGCUCCUACACACAAUGGCAAUCUCAACUCUUUCAUACGUUGUUUGGGUCGAGCCAUCAAACCUAUGGAGAAGAUUCGUGAGACUGCCAACAAUGUGCCAGCUAAACGGUCAGCUCUGGGACCUCCACCUCAGCGUGCCCCUGCCCCCAAGCGAGCAUUUUCUCGUACCAGCAGCAAAGAGGACGAGGAUGCUGAAGAAGAAGCUCCGCUGCUCGAGGAUUUUACAGACGAUGAAGACGAGAAUGAGCACGAGCAUGACGAGGCUUACCAGAAGACAAAGAAGCUUGGUGACCAGGAUCGCGAAGACCGUAAAUCUCUCAAGAAGGAUGAACGCAGCGCUGACUUAACUACGGUAUUUACUUUGGAGAAAGGUCGUAUCAACCCCCACACCCAGGAGAGUGAAGAUGGGUGGUGGUGUGAGGGUUUUGUCAUGCACGAUCGUGCAAUACCUCAGGGCUGUAAGACGGCAGAUAUGGCAUGCAGUCAGGCAACCUUGGACGCCUCUCUUCCUCCCAAGGUUCCUGCAUUCACGAAGUCUGGACUCAUGGAUUACAUUGUCGAACUCAUUGUGGCCGAGGAUGAGGCGUUUCAACUUGUAGACAAGGGACCCUUCCGCCGCCUUCUUCAGUAUCUUCGGCCAUCACUUUCAGACCGAGAUAUUCCCCACUUUGCUCGCUCUAUUGACCCUUCUGGUGACAAGUGGAAUCCGAUUGAGCGUCGAGUACAGUAA